CGUUUUCUCUCUCUCUAUAUCUCUUUCUCUUUCUUCAAAGACCCUCACAAACCCUUGCCUUUCUCUCUCCUCAGGAAACCCCUCUUUUUCGAUGGCUCUCAACACUCCUCUGUCGUUGUAUACCCUAAACCGUCUCCUUUCCUAACUCUCUCUGUAUCCUCCCUUUCUCUCUCUAAAUUGUCUCUGCUUUCGAUCUCUCUCUAUGUUCGGUCCUGUGUUCUCCACAUUCUCUCUCCUGUGAAUCUACGAUUCUAAGCGAUCUUGUGGUUUUUUUGGUCGUUUUUCGCUGUUUCUCUGUCUUGUAAUCGGAUUUGGUUACCAACAAUGGCUGAAGGGAAGUUUGAUCUGCCAGAUGAUCUCAUUCUCAUGAAAUCUCCUGAUGAGUAUUUCAAAGAUCAACUAGCAUUUGAAAACAGUAUUCCAUUAUCACCGCAAUGGUUGCACGCUAAGCCCAGUGAAAGUAAGGCUUCUGUUUCAGCAACACCUGGGGACAUCCGUUCACCAAGCAUAUUGCCUCAUGGCAGUUCUGCAGAUCCAUUGCAGAAAGAUGGAUGGCGUUUGGAUGGAUCUCAAGAUAAGAAGGAAUGGCGAAGGACUGUACCUGAGACUGAAAGUGGUCGCCGUGAUCGCUGGCGUGAAGAGGAGAGAGACACGGGCUUACUUGGAAGAAGAGAUCGAAGAAAAGAAGGCGAUAGGGAAAGCGAGUACCGAAAGACUACUAAUCGCACUGAAGCUGUAUCUAACAGAGAAGGCUCAGAAGCUAGGUUAAUCCCUUCUGAUCGAUGGCAUGAUACCAAUAGUCGUAGUUCUGGGCAUGAAACGCGACGUGAUAGCAAAUGGUCAUCGAGAUGGGGCCCCGAAGACAAGGACAAAGAUUUACGAAGUGAGAAAAGGGUGGAUACUGAGAAGGAAGAAGUUCAUAGUGAGAAACAGUCAGUACUUAUUGGCAAUCGUGCUGGUUCAGAACGAGAAACUGAUUCUCGUGAUAAAUGGAGGCCACGCCAUCGACAGGAAGCUCACCAGGCAGGGUCGAUGGUGCACCGUGCUGCUCCUGGUUUUGGGGGAGAAAGAGUUUCAAAUCUGGGGUUUGCUCCUGGUCGAGGGCGGGCGAACUUCAAUGUGACCAUGCAACACAGUGGGUCUUCCUUUUCAACUAUUGGUGCCACACCUGUAGAAAGGAGUGAUGUUGGGCCUGGAAAGAGUGGUUUAUCAGCUGAGACGUUUUGUUACCCCAGAGGUAAACUACUUGACAUAUACAGGAAAGGGAAACCUUUGCCUGCUGUUGAUGGUUUUAUUGAAGUUCCAGACAUUACUCGGACUGAGCCAAUUGAUCCAUUGGCUUUUGUUGCACCUGAUGCUGAAGAAGAGGCUGUUCUGGAAGAUAUAUCCAGAGGAAAAAUCAUUGGCAGUGGUGUAUAUCAUAACUCAUCUAGAGAGAGACUGGUGAAGGUGCAUCAAGGUACUGGAGAUGAUGUUUCCAUUGAGAGAAAGGCCUCUACUAACAUCGAUGACACUGACGACUCUUUGGGAGUUGCUUCCAAGUCUGAUGCUCUGCUUCCAAAUGGUUCUGGUCUCGUUGAUAGUUAUAGGAAGGGCGUCCUAGACAACCAAGGUAGAAAUGAAAAUGAACCUGCUAGAUUGCCAGAUUUGACAGGUUCUACUAAAAUAAAAUUGGACUCCACUGCAGUAGUUUCUGAGUAUGACGCUAUUAGCAAUGGGCGAGUGCUUGAUGGUCACCUUGAUGGUCCUCAACCUAAACCCAAUGAUGUCGGCUUUUUCAGUGGAGAAAAGCAAGUGGAAAAUCAUGUCUUUAGGCCCUCUAUUUUUGAAGGCAUGGAUUCUGUGUCCCCACUUGAUAUACAUAACAAGUUACCCACUGAUUCGAGCUCUCUAUUUGAUUUCCCAUCACUUAGAGAGACUCAAAUUAGUGGUAACAAUCAGUGCCGGGAGGAUAACCGUGAAGAUAAGCUUGUGGAGAGGGGAGUCCCUCCUGAGGAUCUAAGUCUGUACUAUAGGGACCCACAAGGGGAUAUUCAGGGACCUUUUUUGGGUGUUGAUGUAAUUUCAUGGUUUGAUCAAGGCUUCUUUGACACCGACUUGCCUGUAUGUCUUGCUGAUGCUCCAGAAGGGACACCUUUUAGGGCACUUGGGGAUAUCAUGCCUCAGCUGAAACAAAAAGGCAGGCCUGUGCUUGUGGUUGAUCUUGAGGAUAAACUGGAACCUUCGGAUUCUGAAGUGAAAGUUGUUGGAAGUGGUGGACCUAAAUUUUCUGAUAGUGUUCCAGGAAAUGGACAAUAUCCGAUAUCUGAAUUUGCUGAUCCUCUGGGUCAUGGCCAUCCAGUAACAUUGAAACACGAGGAUCCAUUGGAAAAUAUCUAUCGAAAAGUUUCACAUGCUGAUUCAGAAACUUCAAUGAGUCGUCUCAAUGCUGAGCUCCAGAGCAUUCAUGACUUUGGAAUGCCAGAUACGGAAGGUUUGUUCUCCAGAAGACCCGGAAGCAGCUCAGGUCCCAUAGGAAGACCUACUGGAAAGCUUCAUGAUCCCAUGGGCGUCCAUUUUUCUGCAAGUGAAUCACUUGAUGCUCAUGCUAGUGGGGCCAAUCACCUAACUACUACUAAUACGAAUAAUUUGCAUCCUCUGGGACUAUUGUGGUCUGAGCUCGAUGGACCUCGUCUCCGACAUAACCAGCCAUCAGAGAUGAUGCCUGGUAUUGAUGGCCCUCCUCACCAUGUGAAUCCUGCUUCGGCUCGAGAUCCCUCCAAUUUCAACUUGAGGCAGGGUUCCUUUGUGGAUUCCCCUUUUGUUGGGGAUGUCCCAAGUCAUUCUUCUUUUGAGAGGGCACGGUUAUCUCAUCUUGAAGAAGAGUCUCGUCGCCACGAAAUGGCAGAUUUGCUUGUUUCUCAGCAAUUGCAGAAGCAACAGAUGCAACAGCAACAACAUGCCUUUGGUUCCCCUCACCUAAAUAUGCACCAAGGAGGGCCCUCAUUAGAUCAGCUAUCGACCUCUCCCACUUUCCAUGGCCUGAACCCUGCAUUUCUUCAAGCACAACCGCCACACCAUCAACAACAGGCAGAUGUUGAUCAUUUUCUGAGGCUCCAAAUGCAACACCAACACCAGCUUCAGCUCCAACAUCAACACCAGUUGCAUCAACAAGAACAGCUUCACCAUCAAAUGCAGCUGCAGCAACAACAACAUCAGCAAUCUCAAGCCCAACAAUUGCUUCUUGAACAGUUACUGCAGAGACAAAUGCACGGCCCCAACUUUGGUGAGCCCUCAAGAAGUGGUGCUCUGCUGGACCAGGUCUUGCUCAGGCAACAACAACAACAAGGGAGUUUUCUCUCAGAGAUGCAAUCCCAUUCUCAACCACCAAGGCACCAUGACCCUUCUCUUGAGCAGCUUAUCCAGGCGAAAUUUGGAAACAGUCUUCGACGUGAUCACCACCAUGAUCUUUUGGAGCUCCUAUCGAUGGCCAAACAAGAGGAGAGGUUAUCUGUAGAGCGACAGGCUCUUGCUAGGCAUCAGCAAGAGCAGCAACUACGUGCUCGGCAAUUCUCUCGCCACUCAUCUGAUGAUGAAAGGCAUAUGGGUGGGCUCUGGUCCAUGGAUGAAUCUGGGCAGUUUGUGAGAACUGUGAAUCCUCCUCAGCAGUCACCCUUUGAUCUUUUUCAGCAACAACAGAGGUCUUUGCAGCAACAGCAACAACAAUUUAUGGACUCGGGGCCUGAUUCAAUUGGGGCUCAUUUGUUUGAGCAACAGAGGCAACUCGAGCAAAACAUCUUUCUUCAUGAUCGGCUCCAGCGUGGUCUGUAUGAACCUAAUGUGUUGCCCUUUGAACGAUCUGUCCCUCCAUCUCCCGCUGAUCCUGGAAAGGGCAUAGAUGCAAUCAGCACCCUAGCUCGGCUUCAAGAGCUCAGUCUACAAGAGCAGAGGCAUGCACAUAUGCGCCCAUCUGUCCAUCCUCUUAUUCCUCAAGGUGUUCAGGACCAGUUUCGUGGUUCAAAGGUGGAUCCUUUGGACAACUUGCCUGUUUCUGAUCCACUUCGGACUGAAGAGCUUCGUAAUGGGCUUUUCGAGAAGCAGCUCCUUCAGUUGCAGCUACAAGAUGAAAUGAGAAUGAGGGAAUAUGAGGCCAAUCAUUAUCCUGAUGAUUCAAGAACUUGGAGAGGAGUGGGCAAUGAUCAUGAGUCAAAGCAAGUUUUUAUGGACUUGCUUCAUCAGAAGCUGGGUCUUCAUGCUAACCAUCCAUCCGAAUCGAUGGAUGGUGGUGGUGUUCAUCAAGUUCCCCAAGAAAGAAGCAAACAAUCCUGGCUUUUCUCGGGGCCUGGAUCUGACCUCCCAUUCAAGCUUCACACUGAUCGAGAGGUUUUAGGUGAUCCCAUUUCAAGAGGGUCUGGUGUUUUUAGCAUGGGCAAUCUUGUACAAGAGAGCUUGACAAAUGGAGCUGGGGAAGUGGAAUCUAGCAGUGCAGGAACUGCCUUUGGCACCGAACAUUUGGUUGAAGAAGAAUCGCUCUAUCCGGCAAUUGAAAGUGGAGAUCAAAAUUCUUUUGAGGAGUCAAGUAUGAGCACCAAGUUGUUCAUUGACCCUUCAGACACAAAAGAAUCUAAGAAGAGUAAGAAGAAGGCUUCUAAAAGCAAAGGAGUGACAAAAUUAGCUCUGGAGCAGCAUAAUGUUGCUGAACAAGGAGCAGUGGUAGAUCGAGGGGAGCAGACUGUGAAUGCUUCUUUCCCUGUCAGAUCUGCUUCUCUUUUGGCCACUGGUCGAAAUGCAGGUUUCUAUGACAAUGUGAAAGGGGUAGAAGAGGCUUUUGCAGCACCUGGUCAAGAGAUAACCACAGAUCAAACAUCAUCAGCCCUUCCAAAAACACUUGAAAAUGCUGGAACGAAAAUCCCGCCAGCAUCAUUGUCUCAUGAAGCUUUGUCAAGCCCGCCUUCUGCAACUCCUGUUAAGGGGAAGAAGCCCGUCACUUCACAUGAGUUAAGAAAAGACUUCAGUGGUGUUCCUGCAAUUUCAACUACACCAGAGAACCCAGCAGCAGCUACUCGAGGGAGCUUUAGGCGAACAUCUUCAUUUGGUGACAGUGAAAUCAUGGAGCCCUCCUUCAUUGAUAUGCUUAGGAGCACCAAGAAACCAACACAACCACCAAAUGAAACUGAUGCAACAACCAAUGUUGAGAAUUCAGAUCAAGGCCAUGCAGCAGUGAAGAGUGGGAAGAAGAAAGGGAAGAAAGGGAGGCAGAUCGAUCCCGCUUUAUUGGGCUUCAAGGUCUCCAGUAAUCGUAUCAUGAUGGGUGAGAUUCAACGCCCUGAGGAUUGAUCCCCCUUCUGGUUCUCUGAUGCUUUACUGCCCCUCUCUCACACACACCUACUAUACCUUGUUCUCAUAGGUUAACUUGUCUUGACAGUGUACAUGCUCCACACCCCAUGUAAAAUUUGAGUGUGAAUAUUCUUUGAUUUAUUUUCUUCUUUUAUCGGCCUGAUUUUUCUUUGAUUUA